UGCCUGAGCAGCGCGCGGGGUGAUGUCUGCCAGCGGGGCUGUGCAGCCCGGGCCCCCGGGGGCUGCUGUUGGGCCUUCGCCCUCCGCGGCUGGAUCGCCAGCCCCGGGGCCCUUGUUCCGGCCCCUCAGCGCCGAGGAUGAGGAGCAGCAGCCCACGGAGAUCGAGUCGCUGUGCAUGAACUGUUACCGGAACGGCACGACGCGCCUUCUGCUCACCAAGAUCCCCUUCUUUAGAGAAAUAAUCGUGAGCUCCUUUUUCUGCGAGCACUGUGGCUGGAACAACACGGAGAUCCAGUCAGCAGGCAGGAUCCAGGACCAGGGAGUGCGCUACACGCUGACCGUCAGGGGCCAAGAGGACAUGAACAGAGAAGUGGUGAAGACCGACUCUGCCACCACAAGGAUCCCGGAGCUGGAUUUUGAAAUUCCAGCUUUCAGCCAGAAGGGAGCUCUGACCACCGUUGAAGGAUUGAUCAGCCGGGCAAUCUCUGGCCUAGAACAGGACCAGCCCACACGACGGGCAAUGGAACAUGCCGUAGCUGAGAGGAUUGAUGUGUUCAUUGGCAAACUGAAGGACCUAAAGCAAGUGGCUUCCCCGUUCACUCUGAUCAUUGACGAUCCCUCGGGAAACAGCUUUGUAGAAAACCCACAUGCUCCCCAGAAAGAUGAUGCCUUGGUGAUCACACACUACAACCGGACGCCCCAGCAGGCUGAGAUGCUGGGUCUCCAAGCAGAAGCACCAGAAGAGAAGUCGGAAGAGGAAGACCUCAGAAAUGAAGUGCUCCAGUUCAACACCAACUGCCCAGAGUGCAACGCCCCAGCUCAGACCAACAUGAAGCUAGUCCAAAUCCCCCACUUUAAAGAGGUUAUCAUCAUGGCCACCAACUGUGAGAACUGUGGGCAUCGGACUAAUGAGGUGAAGUCUGGAGGAGCAGUAGAGCCUUUGGGUACCAAGAUCACCCUCCACAUCACAGAUCCCUCAGACAUGACCAGAGACCUCCUCAAGUCUGAGACGUGUAGUGUGGAAAUCCCGGAGCUGGAGUUUGAACUGGGAAUGGCUGUCCUUGGGGGCAAGUUCACCACUCUCGAGGGGCUUCUGAAAGACAUCCGAGAAUUGGUAACCAAGAACCCGUUCACACUGGGUGACAGCUCCAACCCUAACCAGUCGGAGAAACUGCAGGAGUUUAGCCAGAAGUUGGAGCAGAUCAUCGAGGGCAAGAUGAAGGCCCACUUUAUAAUGAACGAUCCAGCAGGAAACAGCUACCUUCAGAAUGUGUACGCCCCUGAAGAUGAUCCAGAGAUGAAGGUAGAGCGGUAUAAGCGUACCUUUGACCAAAAUGAGGAGCUCGGGCUCAAUGACAUGAAGACAGAGGGCUAUGAGGAAGGCCUGGCCCCACAGCGGUAGCAGUGCACAGCUCCCAGGCCAGCCUCAGUGCCACCAGCACCACAGGCUGAUUUAUGACUGUUGGCAAACAGAGAGCGUCCAAGCCCUUGCCCAUGGUGAGGAGGAUAUCGCUUGAGCCAGAGAUCUAAGCACACGGGGUGAGCGGCUGGCAGUGCAGCUGCAAGCCUGCCGUGCCGUGCUCCUUGACCUUCCUUUGGAGGUUUGAAGUCGGUCUGAGAAGAACCCCAGAAACACCUUACGGUCCGCCUUCACCUUUUGUCCAUCAGCUCUCUGCCCUUUGGUGCUGCGCCUCUGAAGUUCGGUGCAGUGAAGUACACAUUACAGCUGGCUUCCAGCUUUCCUGACUUUGAGCAGGAAAGCACUUGGGGU